GUAUCCAUUAUUUUUCCCUACACUGUAUUUUGAUAACUCUUGUUCUUGUAUUUAAUCACGAUACCAACGCUUGGAAAAGUAUAAUCUUAAGCAUCAUCAAAAUAAGGCAUGGCAUUAGGAGCAUUUAGACAAAUAUCUUCGCUUUCAUUUGGCUCUUUGGUUUCGCGAACUUCUUUGGCCACCAGAGUGCAGCGCAAUAUGAGCAGUCAUAAUUUACAUAAAUCUGAGGACAACUUGAAGUACAACACUUUGCUUAUAACUACUCCAAAACCAUUUGUAUACCAGGUGGAACUUAAUCGUCCGCAAAAACUUAAUGCCUUCAAUAGGAAUAUGUGGAUUGAAAUUAAACAGUGUUUUGAAAGCCUUAGUACGAAUCCCGAAUGCCGGGUAAUUGUUCUAUCAGCAAUAGGGAAAUAUUUCACUAGUGGACUUGAUUUAGGUGAUGCUAUGAAAUUGGCCCAAGAAUUGGGUGUAGCUGAUGAUGUAGCUCGAAAAGCUGCAGUGUUGGAACGGACAAUUAAACUGUAUCAAGAUUCGAUGUCUUCCUUGGAAGUAUGCAGUAAACCUGUAAUAACAGCUGUACAUUCGGGAUGCAUAGGAGCUGGUGUUAGCCUGAUAACUGCUGCUGAUGUACGUUAUUGCACUGAAGAUGCCUUCUUCACUGUGAAAGAAGUUGAUAUUGGUCUAGCUGCAGAUGUGGGUGCAUUACAGCGCUUGCCAAAAAUUGUGGGUAACCAAUCGUUGGCUCGCGAACUUUGCUAUACUGCACGAAGGUUCGGUGCUACUGAAGCACAGAGUAUUGGUUUAGUUAGCAAAGUUUUCCCAACCAAGGAAUCUUGUGUGGAUGGUGCUUUGGAGUUGGCAGUCAUCAUAGCUGAAAAGAGCCCAGUAGCAGUGCAAGCAACCAAGGCUAAUGUAAUUUUCUCACAGUCGAGACCAAAUCAGGAUGGCUUGGAUCAUAUACGACAAACAAAUAAGAUAAACUUGCAAUCUGAAGAUUUCGCUAAUGCAGCUGUGGCAGCAAUGACGAAGGAACACCCAACAUUCUCAAAAUUGUAAGACCAGUCAUAUUCUUCAUUUGAUUUAAUUUUUCUAUUUGUAUUGUAUUAAGAUAAGAAUAAAUAUUAUAAAUACUA